AUGGCCGAUGGCAAGUGCAAAUGCCGACCUGGUUUUGAAGGAGACGGAAUCGAGAACUGCACUCAAAUCGCCACCUCAUCCCCAUCAAUCAGUGAAUCGACAACCCCAAGCACAAUUACCAGCGCCAUUUCCGCAUCUGAGUCCUCAACGACGCCAAAAGGCAGCGUUGUGGGAACAGGCGAAAGAGAGGUUACUGAACUAACCACUGUCGCGACCACGACGCCAGCGGAGAGUUUUGCGCCGACCUCGCGACAUGGUAAGGAUGGCACCGGCACGUCGUUGAUCACCGAAUUUCAGGGUAGCUCCACCAGUGAGCCGACAUCUAUCACAUCACCGCACCCACACAUUGAAUCCACUCUUUCAACAACUCUUGACUCAUCAUCCAAUCUCACUACCGAAACUACACUAAUUCACGAAAAAAGCACUACACAUGCAGCAGAAAUCACAGGUAUUGAUCGUAUCGUAACGAUACUGACGAGUGGAGUGAAUGUAACCGAUGAUAACACGACUGAUACUACUAGUAAACAACUACAUUCAACAUUGUCUGUCGAUACUAAUCAACCAAUGGAUAACCUGACAAUUUACACAACGGAAAGACCUUACAUCACACCGAUUCUCAUCGAAGUCACAAAUUCACUCGUAGUACUGCAACCUGGGACACUUCGCCCAGAUGAGGUCAUUACGGGCGUAUCAUCUAAACAUGAGAUACCUAUCGGAAAGUCAGGUGUGGUCACUUCUGGCGUGCUCCAUCGUGGCACUACUCUGUCGACAUCAGAAUCUCCUUCUACAGUUAUGGGAUCAACGACAGAUUUUCCAGAAGAUCUGGGAGUAACGGGAAGAGGCUCCAUAGUUCAAGUCACGGGUAAAAUUUCAAAAAAUGAAACCCGAGUACCUCCCAUCAGGGGUUCUACUGUUACGUCUCUACCUGUGACCCUGUCCAGCACAUCCACUUCUCCAAGCGGGGAGACUCCAACCUCCCUUUCGACCCUUUCUGCUGAAACACGAACUCCCCCAGAGGAUGAGGUAACCUCAAGCACGGAAAGUGAUCACGCCACUGAUGAAGUUACUACUGAAGGCGUUGAGAUUGUCACACUACCCAGCACAGAUACAACAGAUACCUCGGUACAGAGCACUUUGUCUGAAAUUCUCAAAGACUCCUCAACCCAAUCCACCACAAGCAAAAAGGUUGCAAGUUUAGAAACGCUUAAAACUUCUGGAUCCACAACGAAGGCACCUGAAGGAUUAGCACUACAUCCAAGUACCCAGACAUCGAAUAAAACUACAGAAAAAGUCCUUGGGUCUACUUUGCCUGGUCAUAUCAGCCCCACACCGAAACCCAUAGAUGCUAAAAAGACCACUAUUUCAUCCGACAGGAAGAAUUUUACCUAUGGAACUACUGAUGAUGGUAUAGACCACGAAAAAACGGAUGCGUUCUUACUUUCAACUGCAACUACGGCAUUCAAUCCCACAGAAGAAGCAAGUGGAUCGGACGUACCUUUGAGAACUACUACGGAAUCGACUACUCUAACAUCUGAAAAAAGCUAUUCAUCCAUGAUACCUUCAAACAGGUCAAGCUUAAGUGAUAGAGACACUGACGGUGAACAAGGAAGGUCUAGUCUAACUCCUAGAAUAUCAUCUGAAGAUUUCGGUGCAGAAUCUUCAGGAGAACCGGAACUUACUGUGGCGGGAAGUAAAAUAACGCUGAGCACCACUCACUCAAGUGCAGAUGUCAGCGGCGAAGAGUUCAUUGGAAACGGCACUACCAUGCAUCCGCACGCUGCAAUCGUUACAGCCACUGACAUUACUGGAGAGGUGAAUGUGCCAGAGGAAGUGGUCGCUGGUCAACGUACUUCUGCAGAGGGUACAGAAUCAACCAGGUCUGCGAUUCUCGGAAGUACAGAGCCUACCUCUCGCAAAUCCACUACAUCCGGCAAACUUGAACCAGCUUCAGCUACAUCAGCGCCUGCAAAGUCUACGAAGCAAUCACAACCUUCUUCACGGCGACCACUCACAACCUUCAAACCUGCACCUGAGGGGCUACGCAGUACAGAUGAGCCGAGUUUUACCAUCACUGAAGACACUGCCUAUCCUAAAGGCAAAGGAGCAACAAGAAGCGGUAUGGAAAAAUUUUCGACUUCGACGAUAUCCUCUACUAGUUCUGCAACGCACUACACUACAUCAGCGGAAGGCGCGGAGAUCUUGUCCACUCCUGAGGGAACUGGAGCAGAUGUUGUAAGCACUGCAGAAACGAGUUCCUCUCAAGGACAUACGUCCAGUCCCACGUCUAGUGAUGUUACUUCCGUGACAGCGAAGCCUUGGACGCCAUCGACAACACAGGCUAGUAAAGUCCUAAAGCCUUCGACAAGCAGUUCUAAGGCUAUUGAAGAAACCACUGAAAGCUCGAUGACUGCCGAAGAGGGUACAGAGACAGAGCCACGUAGCUCUGUCACUUCGGAAGGUGCUACAGAAAGACCAAAAGCUACAAAACCUUGGAUCAUAACCGGCAUACCCAUAUCGGAAGAGGUCUUAAGUAGUGAUAGACCUAGACCUUCGCAUGCAACAAAACCUUGGAUUAUCACGGGAGCACCUACAUCGGAAGAGUUCUUAAGCACUGACAUGCCCUCCAGCAAAACAUUAAGACCAAGAGUUGAGCUCGUAACCGCUUCUAUAGAAGGUAGUGGGACCAGCGACAGUUCAUGGCCGAAAAGACCUGGUUUUGCAAGAAAACCUUAUACUAGCGCUUCCGAGGAAUCUACCAUGUCCACAACAACAAUAAUCGAAGCCUCCGGAACUUCACCAUGGGAUGAAGAGAUGACAACGAUCUCGUCCCGGGAAGAAAUUCUGACUAGUGCCGAGAACUUGACCACUUCUGGCGAAGUUACGGACUUGAGCGGAAGAAGAGUGACUUUAGGAAGCGUCAAUAUCACCAAAACAGACAAAGAAAACUUGGAAGGAAUUACUGAAGUAUCUUCUGGAACACGAUCCACAGCACGCACGCAACCCAAGAAGCAGACGGAGGAUAGUGUAAGAGCAUCUACGGUAUCGUCGCAAAAUCUUACAAUCAACAAAGAGCACAUCACUCACAGUGCAGCUACUAAUGAAUCCAGCUCAGAAGCUGAUUUCACAGCCCGCACUGGUUCAACCAAGGCUCCUACCUCGGAUUCACACACUUUAAGCUCAGACCGGCACCAAACCAUAGAUCACUUCGAGCAAAAUGCCUCCACAAUCACUGCCAUCACCGACGGAGUCACUCAUGACAUCAAUGUCGUCACACUGAGCACUGUCGAAGGUAUCAGCUCGAGUCGAACGCACAAGCGCAUGUCUGCGGCACUCUAUCUUUCUAUCCACUUCUAA